AUGGAUAAGUGGUGGGAAUUUCCUAGAUGGAGUUAUGAUUAUCAAAAAGGAGCGGAUGAAUACAUUGAAAAAGCUUUUGCUACAAGGUCCCAAGGAAAUCAAAUUAGUUGCCCAUGUUGUAUGUGUUAUCAUCGAUAUUGGUAUGGUCGAAAUGACGUGAAAGAUCAUAUCAUUUGCAAUGGUUUUGUACCAAGAAGUGAUGAAUUUUCUGGGUUUGGGAAGAUGGGUGAUGAAACAGAAUUAGAGGCACAUGACGAACCAUUGAACAUGAAUGAUGGUAUACAAGAAAUGUUUAAUGUUACUUUGAGAGAAGGGCCAAAUGAUGAGGCAAUGAAGUUUCUUAGUCUAAUAGAAGAAGGCCAACAAGAAUUAUAUCCUGGUUGCAAAAAAUUCUCUAGACUUGCGUUUACAAUUCGCCUUUAUAUAUACAAGUGUGAUCAUAAGUUGAGUAAUGUUACAUUUUCUGCUUUGCUAGCAUUGUUUAAGAAAGUUCUACCCGAUGAUUCUGUAUUGCCAACAUCGUUGAAUGAGGCAAAAAAAGUGUUGAAAGUUUUAGGUUUAGAUUAUAAAAAAAUCGAUGCGUGCCCUAAUGACUGCAUGCUAUAUUGGGAGGAGCAUGCAACUGCAACAAGUUGUCAUGUUUGCAGGGCCUCAAGGUGGAAAUCGAAGGAAAAUGAUCACACUGAAUAUACCUCAGAAAAGGAACAUAAAAUUCCAGCAAAAAUUCUAAGAUACUUUCCACUUAAGAAAAGGUUGCAAAGGUUAUAUAUGUGUGCCGAAACUACUAAUUACAUGAAAUGGCAUGCAAAUGGUCGAGGAAAAGAUGGACUUAGACUUUUGCAACAUCCGGUGGACGGUGAAGCUUGGAAGAACGUUGACAAAUUGUAUCCAAAAUUUGCUCAAGAUCCUCGUAAUGUGAGGCUUGCAUUAGCCACAGAUGGGUUUAACCCAUUUAAUUCAAUGAGCAUUGUGCAUAGUACAUGGCCAGUAAUUUUGGUCAACUAUAACUUGCCUCCAUGGAUGGCCACAAAGUCAGAGUUUCUAAUUUUGUCAUUACUUAUUCCCGGCCCAUUGUCUCCUGGAAAAGAUAUUGAUAUCUACUUGCAACCACUUAUCAAAGAUCUUAAUGAUUUGUGGGAGUUUAGCCUAGAAACAUAUGAUGCGUCAACAAAUACAAGGUUUGACAUGCAAGUAGCUUUGGCGUCUACUAUUAGCGAUUUUCCUGCUUAUGCAAUGGUAUCUGGUUGGAGAACAAAAGGUAAAACAGCUUGCCCAUAUUGUCAUUAUGAAAUUGAUUCAGUGUGGUUACCAUAUAGCCACAAGUAUUGCUACAUGUGUCAUCGCAAAUUUUUGGAUACUGAUCACCCGUGGCGUUUUAAUAAAAGAAUCUUCAAUGGAAACAUUGAUGAACGAAUUGCACCCGUGCCUUUGACGGGAAUUGAGAUUGAGGAAUUUCUUUGUGAUUUUCCAAAUCAUUAUGGAAAAAAGCAACCUAAGAUGAAACAAGCAGAGGAUGAUCCUAAUCCGUGA